AUGACACGCAUCUGUUCAUCCGCGCAACCACCCUUUCCUCUCCUCCUGCUCCUCCUGCUCCUCCUAAAUAAUUUCUCAAGAAACGUUGCUUUGGCGGUUCCAUCAGAUCCACCCGCCGUCGACAGCGGCGCCGAGCGCGCGGUCAUAUCCGCAGGCGUUGACGAUCCGCAGUCAGACCACGGUGUGGCGGAGCCGGCGGAGGGUAGCAGAGCGGUGUGCAGGUUCGACGGGGCAACAGGCACCUUCUCACACGAGCCGUACAAACCAACCAGCACUCUUACCUCAGACGACUCCUGGGCACCACAUGGCACCGCGCUGCAUCUCUCUGGAUCCUGCCGUUUCCUCUUGAACGCCUCCUGCGCUGUGGUUGCCGUCUUUCCAGAACCGUGUGACGACAAGGAUCCCUGCACUCUCGACGCCUGUGCCUGGCACGGCCAUGGCCCCUUGUCCCUCUCACGCUGCCUGCCCCAACCCCACUGCUUCUUCCACCCGCCCCGCUGCACGCACACCCCUCUCCCUGACUGCACGCACAGUACCACCACCGUCACCACUGCCACCACCACAACCGUGUCUCCCCUUCGCCUGCUCUCCUCCUCCUCGCCCACUCCCAAGCUCAAUGCCUUGCCGUCUGAAACUACCACUUCGCUCGCUCUCCAUGCCCAACCACACACCCGUGCCCUCCCUCUGCUCUACCCCCCGCCCGCACCUCUUGCCCCAUCCCCACCUGCGCCCCACGACUCCCACAUGGUCCUAGCACGCUCCCUCCAGCCACACAACCUCGACUGUGCAUUCCACUCCCACCCUCCGCCCUCCACUCGCCCCUCCUCUGCACCCCCUGCACUCCCAUCUCUACCCUCCCUCCCCAGCCGCACACCCACCAGCACACUCCACGCCAUGCCCACCUGCCCCUCGCCCUUCUUCCCGUCUGUCUCAUCCAAUCCCCUCUCGUCCCCCUUUCCCCUAUCUCUCCCAAACAUGCUGGUACGUUCAUCCCUCCCAUGGGGCCUCCUCCCUCUCAGCACCAUACCCCUGCCCCCACACCAACUGCCCUCGUCCACAGUAGCUCGCCGGGAAGCCAUGGAGGGGAGCAGGUUGGCGGAGGGGCGGGGGAGUGGUGGUGCGCAGCUGCUUCCGCACCACAUGCACUUGCAUCCCCCAUUGUCUCGUCUUCCGCCUGUGGCACGGUCGCCACCACUGCUGCUGCUGCCGCUGCAGCUGCCAAAACUGCAGCAGGAGGAGCAAAGAGAAGGAGGAGGAGGAGGAGGAGGAGGAGGAGGAGGAGGAGGAGGAGGAGGAGGAGGAGGAGGAGGAGGAGGAGGGGGGAGGGGGGGGGAGGAGGAGGGGGAGGAGGAGGUGGGCGGGAAAACGAAACAGGAAGAGCAGCAGCAGCAGCAACAACAGCAGGAACAGGAGCUUCAGCAGCAGCAACAGCAACAGCAGGAGCAGCAGCAGCAGCACCAGCAGCAGGAGCAGCAGAAACAACAGCAGGAGCAGCAGAAUCAGGAGCAGCAGAAGCAGGAGCAGCAGCAGCAGCAGCCGCAGCAGCAGCAGCAGCAGCAGCAGCAGCAGCAGCAGCAGCAGCAGCAGCAGCAGCAGCAGCAGCAGCAGCAGCAGCAGCAGCAGCAGCAGCAGCAGCAGCAGCAGCAGCAGCAGCAGCAGGAGCAGCAGGAGCAGCAGCAGCAGCAGCAGCAGCAGCAGCAGCAGCAGGAGCAGCAGCAGCAGCAGCAGCAGGGGCAGCAACAGCAGCAGCAGCAGGAGCAGCAGCAGGAGCAGCAACAGCAGCAGCAGCAGCGGGAGGCUAGCACAGCAACAGCCAGCAACACACACCAUCCAUCCUCUGCCACUUUCCCCAAGCGCAAACACGCACACCCGCCUCUUGCACCUCUCUCCCCGCGCACCACCCAUCGCACGGUGUCAUCCUCUGCGCGACUGCCCCUCAUAUCCCCCUCCUCCCCGUUCACCAACUCCCUCCGCUGGCCCCGCUCCCCCCCACCCUCUCUGCACCGCCCUCGCCCCCGCACGUCUCGCUCUCCUCUCUCUCCCCCUCCCAGCUCCUCCUCACACCAUCCCUUCUCGCGCCCUCCCAGCCCUGUUGCUCCCAAACCCCAUCCUUCCAAGCUGCUUCCUCCCAAGCCUCAUGCUCCUAAACCCCCGACCCAUCGAGCAGCUGCGCUGCUUAAAAAGCCCCCGCCACCCCCCAGUGCCCCUCACUCCAGAGCCGAACCCCCCACACGCCGCCACCCUCCUCUCCGCCCCCCACCACCACCUAUUCCCACUCCUGCUCCCCCUCGCCCAGCUAAUAACACCCCCGCUUCCUCGCUUCCUCCCUCCUCUUCCCCGUCCCUUUUCCUCUCGCCUUCUCCACCACCGCCCUCAACCCUUCCACCACCCCCUCCUGUGCUCCCCCCUACCAGACCCCCACCCGGACCUUCUCCCAGACCCCCUCUCAGACCCCCUCCCAGGCCUCCUCCUCCCUCCAAGCCCCCCCUCAGUCCACCCCGCCUCCCCCCACCAAGAUCCCCUCCUAGCCCACCCAAGGCCCCCCCCUCCUUCCCCACCACCCCACCCCCCUUCACCCCCACCCAAGCGCCGCCACCCCGCUCCACGUCCCCCUCGCCCCCCUCCCCCCCCCCACGACCCCCACCACGCCGUCCCCCUCUCCGCCCCCCUCCCCGUCGCCCUCCCCCACGCCCGCCCCCACGCCCCCCUCCUCCAAAGCCCCCAUCUCCCCCCCCGCCCAUCCUCCCUUCCCCCGAGGGCGUGUUCAACGUGAGGGCGUUCGGGGCAGUGGGGGACGGGAAGGUAGACGACACAGACGCCAUGAGCCGUGCGUUUGCAAGGGCGUGCGAGUACGAUGGGGGGCGGCAGGGCAGGCGGGCCACGCUGCUGUUCCCGCGGGGCUUCACAUUCUUCAUGAAGGGGCGCAACGUGGUGUGGCAAGGGCCAUGCCAGAGCGGCGGACUCGUUUUCAAGGUGGAGGGCAUGAUAUCAAGCUACCCGCGCGGGGUGUCGUACCUGACGCCCAUCAUCAACCUGCUCUCCAUCCCGCGCCUCCUCGUCACCGGCUCCGGGCGCAUGGACGGCCAGGGCUACGAGGUGUGGCCACGUGCGGCGCGGCGGCCAUACCUGCUGCAGCUGGAGAACUGCACGGAUGCUGAGGUCACCGGCAUCACCAUCAGGUGCAUGAGGCUGUGCUGCUCGGCAGUGCCACUUGCCCUGCCCUACUCAUGCCCCAGCAAUCCAGCGAAGGUGCAUCUGAACAUCCGGUUCUGCGAGCGCGUGUGGAUCCAUGACUUUGAGACGCGCACGCCGUACAACGGCGGCAACACGGACAGCAUCCACAUCGUCUUCUCCUCCGAUGUCCUCAUCGAGGACUGCACCCUGCACGGCGGGGACGACAAUGUGUCGAUAGUGGGCAGCUCAUCCAACAUCCUCAUUCAGAACGUCAUCUGCACUGCCGGCCAUGGCAUCAGCAUCGGCAGCCUGGGGAACUACGGCGCGCUGGCAUGCGUGAGCAACGUGACGGUGCGCAACGUGCUCAUGGCAGGGCUGCAGAACGGGCUGCGCAUCAAGACGUACGAGACGGGGCAGGGCGCCGUGUGGAACAUACGCUACGACAACAUCACCAUGGUGGACGUGGGUCGCCCUAUUAUCAUCGACCAGUACUACUGCGAGCGGGAGCCGUGCGAUGACGGGCACAGCGGCAUUGCGGUGUUCAACGUGUCCUACUCGCGCAUCCGCGGCACCACCAACGGCAGCGCCGUGGGGGGCAUUGAGUUCCGGUGCAGCAACCACGCGCCGUGCGGGCAGAUCUCACUCUGGGACGUGCAUCUCCGCCAUAGCAAGUCCAAGGUGCAGCUCAAGCCGCUCUACAUGCAUGCGUAUGGCAGCAGCAGGAACGUGCAGCCAUGGAGUGAGGAGAGCUCGGGCACGUGGGCCAAGACGAGCCUGUCCAAGGCUGCAGCUGGCCGAAUCACCGGCGAGUUUGGCAAGUGUGGCGGAAGUGGAUUUCCUUGGACCAAGUUACCCUCGACGCGCAUAGUCCUUCCCCCAUCAGCAGCUGCUGCAUCUGUCCCUCUUGAUGCGUGA